CCAUGGAGGGCAGGGGCGGGCGCUGGCUUCCUUCCCCAGCUGUUUACAGCAUCAGCAAGCCAAUCCCAGCCCACUGGGGUCCCCCCCACAGCCCCGGAGAAGCACAAUACUCUUUGGGUGGCCCAGACUGGCAAAGGGAGCUGGAGGUGCUGGGCAUCAUGGAGCCAGGGAAACUGGGCCAGGGGGUACAAGGGCCAGAGCAAGAGGCCAUGGUGUCCGGUCAUUGAUCUGGGGCCCAGGAGGCGGGGAGCAGGGGGAGAGACCUUGAGCCUGGACAAACAGGGCCUCCUGUGGCCCGCAUUCUGGCCCUUCCCUACCUGUGGCUUACAAAGAAGUCCAGGAUGGAGGAUGAAGAACAGAGGGGCAAUGGACAGGCAAUCCAAGGACAGUUAUAUGGAGUGGAUAUGGAGGAGCCAGGGUCCAAUCAAAGAGGCCCAGUUGGGAAGGCAAAAGCCACUGACGACACCAAGAGAAGAAGACGGGAUUACAUGCGCCUGGCCCCUCUGUGGCUUGCUCUGCUGAUGUUGGCAGCAGGUGGAGUCCUGCUCUGGUAUUUCCUAGGAUACAAGAGAGAGGGGACCGUCAGCCAGUUGUACUCAGGCAGCCUCCGGGUGCUCAAUCGCCACUUCUCCUUGGACCUGUCUCGCCGGGAAUCCAGUGCCUUCCGCAGCGAAACUGCCAAAGCCCAGAAGAUGCUUAGAGACCUCAUCUUUGCUACCCGCCUGGCCCCAUACUACAACUCAAGCACAGUGUAUGCAUUUGGGGAAGGGCCUCUGACCUGCUUCUUCUGGUUCAUUCUCCAAAUCCCCGAGAAACGCCGUCAGAUGCUGACCCCAGAUGCUGUGAAGGAGGUACUGGUGGAGCAGCUACUGUCCAAUGCCAAUGAGACCAGUGGCACUCCUGACCAGGAAGAGUAUGAGGUGGACCCUGGGGGCCUUGUUCUUCUGGAGACCAGUGUGAAAGACAUAGUUUUGCUGAAUUCUACACUGGGAUGCUACCGAUACAGCUACAUCGGUGAAGGCCAGAGAGCUCGGCUCAAGGGCCCUGAUCACCUUUCCUCAAGCUGUCUGUGGCACCUUCAGGGUCCCGAGGACCACAUGAUCAAGCUUCGACUGGAAUGGACCCUGGCUGAGUGUCGGGACAGGCUGGCCAUGUACGAUGUUGCCGGACCCCUCGAGAGCCGCCUCAUCACCUCACUCUAUGGCUGCAGCCGCCAGGAGCCAGUGGUGGAGGUCCUGUCCUCAGGCCACGUCAUGUCUGUGGUCUGGAAGAAAGGCCUGUACAGCUACUAUGACCCCUUCACACUCUCUGUCCAGGCUGUGGCCUUCCAGGAUUGCCAGGUGAACUUGACCCUGGAGAGCAAUCUGGAGCUUCAGGGAAACAUCAGCACCCCCUACUAUCCCAGCUACUACUCCCCUAGCACCCACUGCACCUGGCAUCUCAUGGUCCCAUCUCUUGACUAUGGAGUGGCCCUCUGGUUUGAGGCGUAUGCUCUGAGAAGACAGAAAUAUGAUUUGCCUUGCACCCAGGGGCAAUGGAUUAUACAGAACCGAAGGUUGUGUGGACUUCGGACCCUACAAGCCUAUGCAGAGAGGAUCCCUGUGGUAACCUCUGCUGGCAUCACCAUCAACUUUACCUCUCAGAUCUCCCUCACAGGCCCUGGAGUGCAGGCUCGCUACAGCUUAUAUAAUCAGUCAGAUCCCUGUCCUGGAGAAUUCCUGUGCUCAGUGAAUGGCCUCUGUGUGCCAGCCUGUGAUGGAAUCAAGGAUUGCCCCAAUGGCCUGGAUGAGAGAAACUGUGUCUGCCCAUCUGCCUUCCAGUGUGAGGAAGACAGCACAUGCAUACAUCUGCCCAAGGUCUGUGACCAACACCUGGACUGUACGAAUGGGAGCGAUGAAAGGCAGUGCCAUGAAGGAGUGCCUUGUGGGGCUUUCAAAUACCAGUGUGCUGAUGGGAGCUGCCUGAAGAAACCUAACCCUCAAUGUGAUGAUAACCCUGACUGCAACGAUCAAUCUGAUGAACAGCACUGUGACUGUGGGGUCCCAGCUCCUGCCACCAGAAUUGUGGGGGGUGCCACAUCUGUGGAAGGGGAGUGGCCAUGGCAGGCCAGCUUGCAGGUGAGGGGCCGGCACAUCUGCGGGGGGACCCUCGUGUCUGAUCAAUGGGUGGUGACAGCAGCCCACUGUUUCCAGGAAGACAGCAUGGCCUCCCCAUCAGUCUGGACCGUCUUCCUGGGCAGGAUCCACCACAGCGCCCGCUGGCCUGGUGGGGUAUCCUUCAAGGUCAGCCGCCUGCUCCUUCAUCCCUACUAUGAGGAGGACAGCCAUGACUAUGAUGUGGCCCUGUUGAAGCUGGAUCAUCCCGUGGUCCGUUCAGCUCUAAUCAUGCCCGUCUGUCUGCCUGCCCCAUCCCACUUUUUCCAACCUGGCCUCCAGUGCUGGAUCACAGGCUGGGGGGCACUUCAAGAAGGAGGUCCUUCCAGCCACACCCUCCAGAAGGUAGAUGUGGAACUGAUCCAGCAGGAUCUGUGCAACGAAGCUUACCGCUAUCAAGUUACCCCUCGGAUGCUGUGUGCUGGCCAUCGCAAGGGCAAGAAGGAUGCUUGCCAGGGUGACUCAGGAGGCCCCUUGGUUUGCAAAGAGUCCAGUGGCCGGUGGUUCCUGGCGGGCUUGGUGAGCUGGGGCCUGGGGUGUGGCAGGCCCAACUAUUUUGGAGUCUAUACCAGGAUCCCUCGAGUGAUGGGCUGGAUCCAGCAGACUCUGUCCUGAAGAUGCUGCAUCUGUCUGGACUAGCUCUGGACCACUCAUGGGCCUAGAGCCCACCCAAGAGCUCAGAAGCCUUCCUUUGACUAGCACUGUCUCUCCUAUGUGGAGGGAUUGGGGGGUGGCUACCCUGCUGGUGGGAGAAUUGGCAUUUUUCCAGGGAGUGGUGGGGCUGAGGCCAUCUACAUCCCUUACUGUUCUGUUCUUUUGAGAGACUCUCCUGACCUGCUUCCUUGCCCCACCACAAGGGAUGCAAAGAUGUGACCUGGUUUUGGAAUUGACCUGGCCAAGCCCUAGUGACAUCUGCGUGGUGAAGGUGCCUUCCCUCCAAACACCAGCAGGCGGCAUAGUCUCCUAAGCACAGUGGGCUGGUGAUGAUCGAAGUCCUGUAAUUCCCUUUCCUCCCAUCCUCCUCUGGGCCUUGACCUUUAUCAACUCUCAGAGGCCACCUCAGUCUGGACCCCUUUGGCAGGUCCAACUGAAUGGGGAAAUUGCUCUGGACGUACAGUAGACAGAAGCUCAAAUCCCCCAGAGAGCUUCCUUCCUCUGGGCCAAUGUCAAACUUAACAGCUUUUCAAGAACAAACCCCUGUUUUUGGAUGUGACAGGAGGGGGGUUUGCACAAGCCUCCCCAUUUUGGGGGUGAGGAGGUGCCUGAGUAGAGGUGCCAGGGGAGUUGGGGAUAGGGACUUCACACCCACAGCUAUUAAAGGAGCUUCGGCUCCCGUCCUAACCUACAGGGAUUUUUCACAAGCCAAAGAGGAAAAAAGGCUUCUCAGACCUGAAGCUUUCCUCCACCUCCCUGCCCCUCACCUGGACAUCUGGCUCCUCAAAGCUCUGCCUUCUUCUCCCCACUUCUAAUUCUCACUAUCUCCUUGAGCAAGGGCAUGCAUAAGGAAAGUAGCCCUCUGAGACUUGACCUAGAAUAAAUCUGAUUUAACAGCC